AUGUCGAACAGAGCCGGCUUCCCGCACAACAGACUCUAUACAUGCCGGUACUGGGCCUUGGGUCCAGAAUGCCCGAACGUGGACGCGUAUCACACCGUCACCUGCGAGUUCGCCCAUUACGAUACAGGCGACCUGGCAAGCCAUAUCCAACAAAGAGGCACUUGUCUGGCAUGGAAACAAUACGGCUCCUGUGGAAGAGGUGUUGGAUGCUGGUAUGAACAUCGUGACACAGGAGUGACCGGUCUCCACCAAGGGGCUGUCGAGCUUGAUGGCCUCGAGCUGCAGGUCGCCGACGCAGCCAGGAAGGCCGGCUUCAACACAUUCAACCACGAGGCCUUGUUCGAUCUGAUAUGGGCGGUCAAGCGACUCGCGUUACGAGCAGGCGCUUCCGGGCUUCGCAGCUUGCCUGCGCCGCCCAGGGACCCGAUAUAUCCAGACAGAUAUCGCCCAAGCGGUAUUGGUGAUAACACGAAGAAGAGGAGGAGGCCGCCCACCAGACAGCCAGCCCCAGAUCGCACCGUGGAGUUGAAGUUCCUUCCAAUCAAGCCUUUGAUGAGGAAGCGACCGGUGGAAGAAACUGAGGGGCGACAGGCCGAUAAAGUCAUAGACCUCACUGCAGAUUCGGAUACUGAGGACCACAUUGGCCUCAGGAACCCAUCUCAAAACGUGUCCAAGCGGCAAAAGGUGGCAGCGAAUAAGCAUACCCAACCCAAGGCGUCGACUGGUUGGGGGACGCUCCAAGGACCCAUUGCAACUUCUGCUCCUACACCCCGGCGGUGGGACGCACCGUCCAAACCUCAACAGAGGCUACGAGGUAGAAAGGCCAAAGCUGCACAAGCAGCCCCAAGCGCGCCACUGACGGCCGCCAACGCUGUACCGGUUGUGCCGAAGAAGCCAUUGACAGCCGCGGAAGAGGUCACGAAGGAGCUGCUUCUGGUCAAGACAAGGCUGAAAGAGGCUACAACGAACAUCAACAACUGCCAAGCAACCAUGAAGGCGCUCUUCGAUCGUCACUACGCGGUAUUUGACAAUGAUGAGACCAUGAUGGCGCUUCAAAAGCUCAGUGGCCAUAUGAACAAGGUGUAUGAUGGUGGAAAGGACGGUGCCGGCGAGAUUGAUAAAACAUUGGCAUUGCUGAAUAUCACGCAAGGACGGUGUCAAGGAUGA